AUGCCUCAGUACACUUCUCGAGACGUCGGCGACCCGUCGCAAAUCAAGAAAAACAAGCAGUCAAUGGCCGACCUUAAGUUGCGACGAUUGACCGAACUCAACAGCAGGCUAAGAGAGGACUUGGAACGAGAACGAAUUCCUGUGUCGCAGGCAGCCAGGAGCAUUAUCGCCUAUUGCAAUAGCACGAGAGACUACAUGGUCCCGUCGGUAUGGGGAACCGUCCCUAAGGGAGAGGACCCAUACGCGCCUCCCCAAAGUGGUGGAUGCUGCGUGGUCAUGUAG